CCUGGGCGCCCGGGGUCCCAGCCGCGCACUGGACGAGCGCGGACGCCAGUAGGGCCCGGCUGGAGCCACCCCCAGGCAGCUCCGGCAGCCCCCAGGGCUCCCCACCUACCCCCCUAGACACCGGGGGAAAAGCGUGCCGAGGCGCGGAGAGGGACGGAAACCACAAAUAAAUAGCGGCGGCAGUAGCGCGUCAUCUGGCGGAGCAGGAAGUGCAGGCAGAGUCCGGGCGGCUGGUGCUUUCGGCGCGUCCCCAGGACUUUGCCAUGGGCUGGGGGCCGCGGAGGCUGCGAGCGGCCGGGCGAGGGCAGUGGCCGCGGCGCCCGCACCGAGGCUGAGCGAUCAGCGUCGCGCGGGGCGCACGGAGAUGGCAGCGUCCAGCAACUCCAGCCUGUCGGGCUCCUCCGUGUCCUCUGAUGCUGAAGAAUACCAGCCUCCAAUAUGGAAAUCAUACUUGUAUCAGUUGCAGCAAGAAGCACCUCGUCCCAAGAGGAUCAUUUGUCCUCGGGAGGUGGAAAACAGACCAAAAUAUUAUGGAAGAGAGUUUCAUGGGAUUAUCUCCAGGGAACAGGCUGAUGAACUUCUGGGAGGUGUGGAGGGUGCCUACAUCCUUCGGGAAAGCCAACGCCAGCCAGGAUGUUACACGCUAGCUCUAAGGUUUGGAAACCAGACCUUAAACUACCGGCUCUUCCAUGAUGGGAAACACUUUGUGGGUGAGAAGAGGUUUGAAUCCAUUCAUGAUUUGGUGACAGAUGGCUUGAUAACGUUGUACAUAGAAACAAAAGCUGCUGAAUAUAUUUCCAAAAUGACAACGAACCCCAUCUAUGAACACAUUGGAUAUGCCACCCUACUCAGAGAAAAAGUAUCCAGAAGGCUGAGCAGGUCGAAAAACGAAUCAAGGAAAGCGAGUGUCACCAAUGAGGAACACACACCUGUGGAAAAGAUCUCCUCCCUGGUUCGAAGGGCUGCCCUCACGCACAACGACAACCAUUUCAACUAUGAGAAGACACACAACUUCAAGGUCCAUACAUUCCGAGGUCCUCACUGGUGUGAAUAUUGUGCCAAUUUCAUGUGGGGGCUCAUUGCCCAAGGAGUCCGCUGCUCAGACUGUGGAUUGAAUGUACACAAGCAGUGUUCCAAGCAUGUUCCUAAUGACUGCCAACCUGAUCUCAAGAGGAUCAAGAAAGUGUACUGCUGUGACCUUACCACACUUGUGAAGGCCCACAACACUCAGAGGCCCAUGGUGGUUGACAUAUGUAUUCGAGAAAUUGAAGCAAGAGGAUUAAAGUCAGAAGGGCUUUACCGAGUCUCUGGGUUCACAGAACACAUUGAAGAUGUUAAGAUGGCAUUUGAUAGAGAUGGCGAAAAGGCAGAUAUAUCUGCCAACAUUUAUCCAGACAUCAACAUCAUCACUGGAGCCCUGAAACUGUAUUUCAGAGACUUGCCUAUCCCUGUCAUCACAUAUGAUACCUAUUCCAAAUUUAUAGAAGCAGCAAAAAUCUCCAAUGCUGAUGAGAGGCUGGAAGCAGUCCACGAAGUGCUGCUGCUGCUGCCUCCUGCCCACUACGAGACCCUGAGAUACCUAAUGAUCCACCUCAAGAAGGUGACUAUGAAUGAAAAGGACAAUUUCAUGAAUGCAGAAAAUCUGGGGAUAGUGUUUGGGCCCACACUUAUGAGGCCUCCUGAGGACAGUACCCUCACCACGCUCCAUGACAUGCGGUACCAGAAGCUCAUCGUGCAGAUUUUAAUAGAAAAUGAAGAUGUUUUGUUCUAAUCUAAUCUAUCAUGGGAAUGAGCUGAAAGGCCCUAGCCUUUCAAAAGAAAUAAAAAUAUUUCUUACACUUGAUUUGGUUUUCAAACAAGUUACAGAAUUUCCUGGACCAUAGAGGAUUGCAGAGUUGGGAGACUGGUCUCAGUCACACCCCCUCCCCACCUUCCACGUGAGAACAAGGGCCAGGGUAGGAAAACCCCUGGCCUUGGGUCUUUUGCUGUGCCUCGUAUGUAUGUCUGUUUUGCUGGAAGAGUGAUUAAUAAAUCUUUCUUUAACUUAUUAAA